UAUUGUAGAACAAGCCUUAAUGUGUAUACUUUUUGACCUAGUGCAACCAGUAUAGGAACAGAACAAACAUCGGUUUCAUGCUUCGGGAAUAAUUUAUAAUAACAUCAUACUAGUUGUAUUUUAGAUACGACAUCUAUAAUAUAAAAAAAAUAAGGAAGGGCGCAAAAAUGAAUGAAAGUUUGUUGAGACGGAUAAAAAGACAGCUAAAUGCGAAAUUUUAUGUGAUGAACAACGCAUGGUUAAAAGAUUGUGUCGAAUUCUUUAUUAGAGACAAGAUGCCUCAAGAAUUGAUGGAUAAACAUAUUUUCGAAUUUGUGGAAAGCCAAUGGCAGUUAAGUGACUUGCGGGAGAUUAGUAAUGAAAAUGGAUGUUUGCCAAAGAAUUUGGCACAACAGGCACACAUAGUUUUAACUGAUACCUAUAUUCUUCAAGUAGACAAGAUGUAUGACAUAGCAAGUUCCAAGUAUAAACAGCUUUGUGAAAUUCGCAAAAUUAACAAUGAUAACUUAGAAAUAAUGGAAGAAGAAAAAUUAAUAGAACGACAGAAAGCCAGAAGAAUGAUGCAACUGUGUCUCACCGAUGGAGUACAGGAUGUCACUGCUAUAGAGUAUACACCGCUCAAACAAAUAAAUGGUACAUUACUUCCUGGCUACAAAGUGAUGAUAAUUGGUCCAAUCAAUUGCAGACGUGGCAUUAUUCUUUUAGAAGAUGGCAAAUAUAAGGAGAUAGGUGGAGAAGUAGAAUCUUUGUUAAAACCCAAUGCAUUAGAAAAUGUCUUGGCAAGAGCUCUAGGAGAAAUAGAAAAUUUUGAUCCAUAUAAUGAUAUUGGACCAUCCAAGAUGACGAGUCUAAAUCCACAGAAUACAAUAUCUAAUAACAAAGACAAUUUCUUUGAUGAUGAUUUUGAAGAAGCUGUCAAUUUGGAAGCAGUGACAGCAAUUGAACGACAAAAUCAAGAAGUCAAACCUGUUAAACAUUUUAGACAUUUUGAAAGUGCAUGCAAUCACAGAGAAACUAGAAAAGAAACAGAUGAAAUUAUGGAAGAAAUCUUGGAAGAUAUAGACUUUGAACCCCUAGAAAAUUGGCCAAAUAAGUCUCCAAUGAAAUUCAUACAGACAUCAUCAUCCCAAAUAGAUACAAAGAAAGUCGAUAAAAAGAAUAUAAUCAUCAAAGAAACUUUCACACGUGAUUCUCGUAGUAAACCAUUACUUUCUGCAGAUUCUAUUAAGAAAAAAAGCUCAGAAUUCCCUGAUGAUGAUUUUCACUUUAAUGAUUGCGACAUUAAAAAAAAUUACGAAGGUUCCCUAUCUUUUCAACAAAAUGAAAAUCCUUCAAAAAGUAAGAAUGAAUUUUUACCAUUAAUACCUCAAAUAGAUCGUAAUGCUCUAAUAAAAGAGAAACAUACUCCCAUACAAGUGACACAAAGCGAAAAACUAAUGUUGAAAGAGUGCACGUCAAGGACAGUACAACAAAUACCAAAGACUGAAAUUAUUUCUAACACUUUCGCGCCUUCACCAAUUCCCAAAAUCUAUGAUUUGAGUGAUGUGUUACGUGAACCUAUUAUUGGAAAGGUAUAUAAAACAGUGAGAGGUCAAGUGAAAAGCCAUUCAGCACUAACAAAACAGGGUAAAUGUUGGUCAGUAACAGCACUAAUUACGGAUCACACGUCUAGUGUAGAAGUCUGUUUCGAUACUGAGAUUCUAGAAGAAUUUCUUGGAUUCACUGUACAAGAAUUUUUGCAGAAGAAAAAACUUGCCAAGUUAAAUUUUGAAAUAAACAAUGAAUUACGAUUGAGUUUACGUAAGGCGCAACAUAAGAUUCAGAAUUUGGAUGCAUUCUUAAAACUGGAAUUGGCUCAAGAUCAAAUACCCAAAAUUGUUGGUAUCACGCAAUUGACUACAUAACAAAAGGAAAAUUUUAAUAAGAGACUUAUCAAAUUAUAAAACAAAUUGCAUUUAUGAGAAAUUUAAUAACUUUUUAAAUUUAAAAAUAUUCUAUAUUUUGUACAGAGUAAGCCUGAUGUAUAGUACCCUGUAUAGUAUAAAAUAAACUUUUAAUCUUUUGUUGCUGGAAAU